AUGCUGCAGCAGCAGCAGCAGCAGCAGCAGCAACAGCAGCAACAGCAGCAGCAGCAGAAGCAGCAGCAGCAGCAGCAGCAGCAGCAGCAGCAACAGCAGCAGCAGCAGGAACAGCAGCAGCAGCAGCAACAGCAGCAGCGCGAAGAGUCAGAAGGAGAGCAACCCAAAGACAGCAGCUGCUGCACGCAGCUCACGUCCCCCCCGUAUGCUGCAGCAGCAGCAGCAACAGCAGCAGCAGCAGCAGAAGAAGCAGCAGCAGCAGAAGCAGCAGCAGCAGCAGCAGCAGAAGCAGCAGCAGCAGCAGCAGCAGCAACAGCAGCAACAACAGCAGCGCGAAGCUUAA